AUGCGCAGGCUGCCCAGCCGCGGGGGGUGUGCAGAGAAAAGGGGCGGGGUGGUCGGAGCUGCUGUGCUGGCAGCAGCAGGCGAGGGCGCGGCUGCGGGGUUCCUGGUGCUGAGGAGCGACGCCAUUGGAGCCCCAGCGAAGGUAAGGAUCCAGCCCGGACGGGACCUGGAGAGGCGAGUGGACCCCUGCAUGCUGCGCCACUCCUCCCGGGACAGCGCACGCCACCCCCUGCAGCGCUCCCCCGCCCCCUCCCGCAGCACUCGGAACCCGAAACAGAACCGCGUUAGACCCGUGGUCUGGACAGGAGCCCCAUCCUCCCCAUCCUGGGACGCGAGCUCCGGGGAUCCGAGCCCUGGUGACACCGGAGCCCACGCCUGGACCCGUUGUGCUGGGGCUGAGCUGCUCUAG